AUGUCAGACGCCACUGGAGUUGCCGUGACAGUAGUGACAGCCAUACUCAUCAUCGUAUGCAUUGUUGGAAAUACUCUGGUUUGCGCUGUCAUUAAGAAAAAUCGAGAUAUGAGGUAAAGCCAUCAUUGGGGGGGGGGGUGAGGGGGGCAAGUGUACGCCCAUCUACAAAAUUUCUUGUCUUUGCGGCGGUGCAUCUGCAUCACUUUCGAAAUUGGCAAAUUUACAAGCUAAAAAUCGCUCUUUUCGGUAUUACUGAUGGACAAAAAUCUGGAAGGGGAAAUUUGUGUAGUAUUAACCAUAAUUAACUGAAUAAAUGGUUACAUCAGAACUUACUUUUUCGGACAAUAGACCAUUUUACAGUUAUCCUAGCCUUUGAAUGAAUGUGAGGCUGAGGUUGACCUUGUUUUGAUACAAACCUCUUUCCUUUUCGUAUGGAAAUUAUGCUUAAAAAAUACUAGUUAGCAUAAGAACGACAUGAUUUACAAAACAAAGCAGGAAGGGUUGUAUCAAAACAAGGUCAACUCCAGCCUCGUUUCCACUUGUAACUGUAAAAUGGACUAUUCCAUAUUUGCGUUAACUCCAAUGAAGGUAGUCGACUAUUCACAUCUCUACAGCUUCAUGUAAUAGCGUCGUUCUUGUAUUUGAAGCAAAGAUGACUGGAGGACACCAGUGAAUUGAGACUGGACCAACGCCUGAGUAUUCUUGCAAGGUCUUUACUCUCACGGUGCUGAUUGAAUAUCUGUCUGCUUUUCUGCUUUGUAGGAUUCCCAUUAACUACCUCCUCUUGAACAUGGCAGUGGCCGACAUUUUAUACUCUACAUUUCUGAUACCAGAGCUUAUCUCGACACACAGUCCUUCCCACCCACAAGGCUUGGUUGGCAGAAUUUUAUGUUUACUCUUAACAAAAGGAAACUUGGCGUGGCUAGGGGCGGGUUCCUCCAUCUUUAGUCUGGUAGCCAUUGCUGCGGAACGCUAUUACGCUGUCACAUAUCCACUUGAGAAUAAAGGAAAACUUACCUCGAGUAAACUUAAGGUCUGUAUCCGUGCUGUAAACAACAAUAAUCCUAGCCAGUUAUUUUAAAAUAUUUUUGUGAGCCGAUAAGAUACUCGCGAAUCUCUAUACAAGUAUUCACCUUCCUUAAUUAAAGUGCCCAUCACUUAAAAUUUCAUAUUUUCUUAUCUGAAACUAUACCUUAUUAAAAUAACUUCUUGCGAAAAAAUUUUGCGGUUUGAACAAAACGCGAUUUUUUUACCAAUUUUUUGAAGUCUACAUUUUUAUGGUACACUCGCGCCGCUGAUCAUGCAAACUAGCAAGCUCAAUAUGACGUAAUGUGACGUAAAUUAAGGAACUCCCACCAGCUGUACACAAAAAAGAUAAAUUUCAAGUAAGGAUUGAAUCACAAUGCCUUCGUAAGAAGAAAGUUUUUCUGAAAAAGAAAAACCUAUCAGAACUCUUAAUGUUUUCCAGUCGAUAAGGUCACGUGUUCCUUAAAGUACAUCAUAGUCCGAGAGAAGACUAAGACGAAUGGUGUGCCAAAAUGGCGGCAAAUUUGAACGUUUUUAAAAAAUUCUAAAAAAAUCGUCUUUGGUUCAAAUCGCAAAAUUUUUUCGCAGAAGUUAUUUUGUUAAGGUGUAGUUUCAGAUAAGAAAAUAAACAAUUUUAGGUGAUGGGCACUUUAAAGAUCAUAGCCACAGCUGAUUGUCAAAAUAUAUAAUUCUUUGCAAAGAUUUCAAGGGUGAAUUGCAUUAAACCUGUGUCUGACCUUACUGCUAAUGUAUUGCCUGUCCAAGAAAGUGUUUGACUGGGCUUAACGUCUAACGUUACCUGUUGCGUUAACCUGUAAUUGACCUCUAGGCAACUGGCCCCAGUGUUUCAGCAGGUAUUUAACUCUGCUUAGACAACAUUCUAUACAUUUUCAAUUCCAGAAUAUUAUUGCUGCGUCUUGGAUAUGUCCUUUGGUUCUUGACUUUCCAAUGUUGCUAGUAACUGAUUUUCACAAAAAGAAAGGCCACAACUUUUGCACGCAUGCAUGGCCAGAGAAGUGGAUGAGCCAAGCUUAUACAUCUACGUGGCGUGUCUACCUAGGUCUCUCCUUCACACUCUUGGUGGUGUUUUACUCAAGAGUCGUGUACUGCUUAUGGUUUAAGAGAAAUGACGAUAAUGUACUCACAGAACAACAAAAGGUAUUUAGCAAACCUUUGAUAAAAUGCUGAAACAAUUUCUAUAAUAUUUUUAUAUAUAAUUUUUUACCCUAAACUAGUGAACAGCCCUCUGGGAACUCUAGCUGCAAAACCUGUUUACUGUUCUACGUCUUUUGUGAGCGUUUCAUCUUCUUCAGGGAGUUUUCUUCCAAACAAUUUAAAGACGUUAACAGUAAAAAUUAACAUGCUGCUAAGGAAAAAAAUGCUUUCAAUAACAACCAUCUUAGCAGAAUUAUGUCAACUUUAUGGACUGAAAUGUUCACGUUCCCCAAAGACCGGAAUACCAAACAUUUCGAGUUCGAAAAUUAGCAGCUGUUGUCCAUUAGGAACAAAUCUUAGCAGCUUAAACCAUCUGAUCUUAUACAGUGAAGUUCCAUUGUUGCAGUAACCAAAGACUUCAGUGGACUCAUCUCGUUAGCUAAGCCAGCCCUAAAAGAACGACAUUCAUAGCUAUUCUAAUAUCAUGGGUGACGUCUUGAUCCUAAUUUUGGUGCGACUUUUUAGCAUUAAUUUAUAAUUUCACAUGGGAAAUUAAAAAACUGCCAUGGCAACCUUCGGUAAGUCUAAGAACCACGAUGGCGACCAAGGUUUAAAAUGAUGUGAAUGAAGAUGUCACGACAUUAAAAAACCCUUUAGACAACCUAAACACAUGAAAGAGCACAUCAAGAAGGAUUCUCAGAGGAAUUUUGGGGAACAAAUUCCGAACUUAGCCAGAUUUACGCUCUACACUUUUGCGUGGAGUUCUCGAUCUCGAUCGAUAAAACCAGGAUAAAUAUGUUAAAAGUCCACGAUUUCGAACGUAAUUCAUCACUCGUGAUAUUAAUAGAUCAUUUUCACGUGACGUCACGGCGGCCAUAUUUGUGUACAAAACAAUGAAUCAGCGGCCAUGUUUGUGUACAAAAAAAAAUCCUGUGGGAAUUGAACUCUUUUCACAUGUUAAAACUUUCUUUUAUUCCAAGCAAUUUGCAAAGCUGCUGACCACGUGACUGAAAACGAUCUAUAGGUAAUCAAAUGGUAUACUCGUGAAGUUAGAUAAAGGGGUUCGGGAAAUUAUUAGGAUUUGGACAAAACCCGCGUGAAAUUAUUUCAUUCGUUAACAUUUGAGUAUAGAUACUAAUUUACAAAGCCUCUCUCUAACGGGUUCCUCUCCUUGUACAUAGGGAGUUUUGAGGCUACGAAAGCGAGUGACCUUAAUGGUUUUGACCGUCAGUGCCAUAUUUGGAAUCUGCUGGGGUAUAGAAUCGGCAUUCCACAUCGUAGAUGAUUUUGUUUCCAAGCUCAGUCCAGUCUUUUUCCUCAUCUCUCACACAAUGGUCACCUUCAAUUCCGCGGUCAAUCCGUUUGCGUAUGCCCUGAUAAAUCAACGAUUCAGGGCGAAAAUGAAGAGAAUGGUGUGCCACUUGAGUUCCUCAGACGAGAAGCCCUCCCUCUCCAGGGAGCGGAAGGAGAUGGAUACCUGU